AGGUGCGCCGUGCUGCAGAACAAGUGAAGUGUCUCGUUAAACGUGCGCGCGACCCUUCAACCGUUGCAGCUGCACGGCACGCCGCAGCUCGGCUUGAGGCGAAAGGUAGGAAGGAAGGAGGAGACCGGGGAGGGGAGGGAAAUGGCGAACUGCCACCGGCGACGACGGUGCGCCUGUUGAGGAGCUCCACGCGGACACACGCUCGCGUCCGGCUAGCCGUCAUGGACGACUCGGAGCCCGCAGAGGACGGCCUGCUCGCGGGUUUGCGCUGGAACCGGAGCGCGCGGGACCAAGCUCAGCUCAAGCACAAAAUCCGGGACCUCCCGGGACUACUAAAACACGGGCUGCACCUGCGGAAGAAAAGCCAAUCACCUGACACAAUCCCCGGACCAAGUGCUGGGCCGACGGUAAAUAAGUCAUGCUCCCAGAGUUUUCCCUGCGCUGGCCGUGCUGUGAGAAAUGGUUUCCUUUCCCAUGGACCGUACCCAGCUAAAGACAAGAUACAUUUGGCCAGAAUCAUACGAGUGUGUAUAUGCGGUUACCCGCGGCAACAGAUACGGCGCUAUAAAGGUAUUAGCACACGGAUGACGGUUACAUCAGAGUUCUUGGUUCAGCUCCUCACAGGGAUACACUACGCAUUGUGUAACGGAGAAGCGGAACUCGGAUCCAAAGCUUUGGAUGACGUCCUGUAUCGGGCCCAGCUCGAGUUGUUCCCGGAAGCGCUCUUGGUGGGCAACGCCAUCAAGUCGACGCAGCAGGGCGCGGCUCUGAAAAGCAACACCAAGGAGGGUGCACGUAGCAUCCAGGUGGAGAUCACACCCACCGCUUCCAGGAUCUCUCGGAAUGCUGUCACGUCGCUCUCUAUCAGGGGCCACCGCUGGAAACGACACGAGUCCCAGGAGGUGAGUGUAGACAGUGAGGCCGCGCCGGGGGGCGUGGCCAUCCCCGAUAUCAGUGUGACGGGCGUGAGCAGCGAGCGAAUGCCCAACGGAGAAUCCCUGCGAGCGCGCUCCGACGGCCGCACCUACCCGGACGGCGAAACUUUGGGAGGUGCCUCCGAUGUCAGCCCGGAACCCCGAAGUCAUGAGUCCAGCAUGCGGGGGCAGGAGGUCAGGAGGCAGAAGUCUGUGAGGCGAAUGCUGGAAAACGAGAGUUCCGGGUCGGCCUCCAUAGGGAGGAGCCAGCACUAAGUUCUUCCUUCCCCUUGCCCCAAUCCUGGGGUAACCUAGACGCAGUGGAUCUGGGUUCCCCGGAUGAGCUGAUGGAUAUUUCGGAGGCGGACGAAGGCGGGAUGGCGCCUGACACAAACCCACCCACCA